UAAAUUGAAGUCAAAGUAAAUUGAUCAUCUGUAUAAUCUUGAAAUCAGAUAAUUUUGAUGUUAGACGUAAGUUCACAUGUACUGGUGCGACGUUACUGAACGUUACGCAGUAAGGAUGCUAACUUAUAAAGUUAUUCAAUUAUAAUUUGUUACAUUUUACAUACAAAGGAAAUUUAAUGAAGGACAAUUAACAGUUCAUCAGUUACAUUGAGAUACAACAACAAUGUGUCAUAUACAAACAAGUUUGAUAUAUAUCCUGGUUGCAAUAACCGGUGUAUUUACUCAAAAUACUUUCUAUGGAGAAGUAAUUCAUCAAUGUCCACAACAUUGGAUAAAAUUUCAAGAAUCCUGUUAUCGUUUUAUAAAAAGUCCUAUUAAAGAAAGAGAAGAUGCAAGAAAAAAUUGUCAAGCUUAUCAGAGUGAUCUUGUUACAAUUAAUUCAUUAGAAGAACAUGGAUUUAUAUUAUAUCAAUUAUUAUGGCAAGAUCCACAGCACCGUAAAUGGUAUACUGGUAUAAAAUAUCAAAAUGGUAACUGGAUGAAUGAAGCUGAUAAUACUCAGUUAAUAAACAUGGAAAAUGCAAUUUUACCAGAACCAAGUGACAAUUCAUAUAGUAGAGAUUAUCUAGUAUAUUCUUAUCAUAAUAAUCUACAGCGUUGGGGAUUAGAAGGUGUAUCUGGUAGAGAGAAAUUAUUAUAUAUUUGUGAAGCCCCAAUUUCAAAUUUGCAUAAUUUGGUAGAUGAUGAUCGUACUUACCAUUAUGGUGUUGAAAUUGACAAUCCUAAUGAAAUACCUAGAGGCCCAUAUUUUAUUAAACAACCUGUAGAUAAAGUAUUUGAUGUAUCAAAAAGAAAAAUAAGCAAUGAUGUUUCAUUGAGUUGCUUGGCAGGUGGUUAUCCUGCACCUACAUAUGAGUGGUUUAAAGAAGAUUAUGAAAAUGAUAGAUUAAUUGCAACAAAAAUAGAUCCACUAAUUAAUACAAGAUAUACUGUUAGUGGUGGUACUUUAAUUAUUUAUGAACCUGAGCAGACCGAAGAUAGAGGCUCGUAUCAUUGUAAAGCAACCAAUAAAUUCGGUACAAUUAUAUCUGAAAGUGUAGAACUAUCAUUUGGAUAUAUUUUGGAAUUUAAUUUAAAACGCUCGGAGGAGCGUGGAGACGAGAAAUGGGGAAAGGCUGUGUAUUGUGAUCCACCUCAACAUUUUCCUGGAGUAAAAUAUUAUUGGGCACGUGACUAUUUCCCCAAUUUUGUUGAAGAAGAUAAACGUGUUUUUGUUUCCCAUGAUGGGGCUCUUUAUUUCUCUGCAUUAGAAAUGAUUGAUCGCGGAAAUUAUUCUUGUAACGUUCAAAGUGUUGCCUCGGAUACUGGUCGUAAUGGACCAUUCUUCCCUUUGAGAGUUGAUCCGCAUUCUUCUUUCCAGCAAUUAAAGUUUCCUAAUAAUUUUCCAAAAGCAUUUCCUGAAGCACCAAUUGCAGGGGAAGAAGUUAGACUAGAAUGUGUUGCAUUUGGAUAUCCUGUUCCCUCAUAUAAUUGGACAAGAAGAGGUGGAUCAUUACCGCGUGGAGCAUAUACAACUAGUUAUAAUCGAGUAUUAAUUAUACCGAAAGUACAUGUUGAUGAUCAAGGAGAGUACAUGUGUAGAGUUCAUAAUGAUAGAUUGUCAAUUGAAAACUUUGUAACAUUAACCAUUCAAGCAGCUCCAAAUUUUACUAUUCCACUAGUAGAUAAACAUAUGGAUAACAGAGGAGAAUUAACUUGGACUUGUGAAGCAUUUGGAAUACCAGAUGUUACUUAUAAUUGGUUUAGAAAUGGUGAACUCUUAAAUAUAGAUACACUUCCUUUUGAAGAUAGAGAUCGAUAUUUUAUACAAGACAAUGUUUUAACCAUCAAAAAUUUGGAUCCGGAACGAGAUCAAGCGAUGUAUCAAUGCCGUGCAAAAAAUCAGUUAAAGACAAAGUAUUCAUCCGCACAAUUAAGAGUUCUAUCAUUAAAACCGUCGUUUAAAAAACGACCUAUGGAACCUGAAACUUAUGCAGCUGAAAAAGGUAAUGUUACUAUCUUUUGUAAUCCUGAAGCUGCACCCAGGCCAAAAUUCGUUUGGAAAAAGGACGGAAAUAUUAUUGGUUCUGGUGGUAGACGUAAAAUUUUAGAAACUGGCAGCCUUAUAAUUAGUCCUGUUUCAAGCGACGAUGAAGGCACUUAUGUGUGCAGUGCAACGAAUCAGUAUGGAAGUGAUGAAACUCGAGGACGAUUAAUAGUAUUACGUGGUCCGCAUUUUCUUGAAAAAUUACCCCAACGUAUAACUACAGCCGUAAUGCAAAAUCGAACUUUACGUUGUAUGGGAGAAGUGGAUGAAAUGUUAGAUGUAGCUUAUAUUUGGAAACAUAAUGGUUUACGAAUCAGGGAUGAAGAUUUAGCGAAUAAUCCAAGAUUGCGUAUCGAUGGCGAGGAACUUAGGAUAAUAAACGCCACAUUUGCAGAAGGAGGAGAAUAUGAAUGCAUAAUUAAAAGUGCUGUAGGAGAAAUUUCUAGCAAAACGAUGGUGACGGUAGAAGGUCCACCUGGACCACCGGGUGGUGUUCAAGUUGUAAAUAUUGUAAAAACAUCUACAACAUUACGUUGGACUGAUGGUGCUUUGAAUGGUAGAUCCAUUACUAAGUAUACUGUAACUGCAAGAACUAACUGGAAUCACACAUGGUUCAAUUUGAUAGAAAAUAUCACUGCCAUUGAAGUAGAUAGAUACAAUGGUAGAAAAGAGGCUUAUUUAGAAAAUGUUUUAAGUCCUUAUACCACUUAUGAAUUUUGCGUGUCGGCUUUUAAUGAAUUGGGAUAUAGUGUCCCAUCAUCACCUUCUCCACAGUACAGUACACCACCGGAUAAACCAUAUAAAAUCCCAUCUAACAUAGGUGGUGGAGGUGGAAAAAUUGGAGAUCUUACGAUAACAUGGAAUCCUUUACCGUCUUCUGAUCAAAAUGGUGCAGGAAUUUAUUAUAAAGUAUUUUGGCGUCGAAAGUAUCAUGAGACGGAGUUUCAGUCCUUGUCCUUAAAAGGACAUGGUAAUAUUGGAAGAAGUGUUGUAUCGAUACAAUCGCAAUUCUAUUAUACAGAAUAUGAAGUAAAAGUUCAAGCAGCAAAUUCGUUAGGUUUUGGGCCAAUUUCUAAUGAAGUUACAAUAUUCAGUGCAGAAGAUAUGCCGCAAGUAGCUCCACAGCAAGUGGUUGCACAUAGUUAUAACAGUACUAGUUUGAAAGUUAGUUGGGCACCAAUUGAACAAACUCGUGAAAAGAUACGAGGAAAGUUAAUUGGUCACAGAAUAAAAUAUUGGAAAGAAAGUAAUAGAGAAGAAGAUGCGGUAUACUAUCUAUCUAGAAGCACACAACCUUUGGCCCUUGUAGUUGGUUUGCAACCUGAUACUUAUUAUUAUGUUAAAGUAAUGGCGUACAAUUCCGCUGGAGAAGGUCCAGAAAGUGAACGAUAUUUAGAAAGAACUUAUCGUAAAGCACCACAGAAACCACCAUCUUCUGUUAAUGUGCAUGGUGUAAAUCCAUCAACAGUUAGAGUUGUGUGGCGUUAUGUGCAACCAAGUUUGGAUGAAGAACCAUUAAUAGGUUACAAGAUACGUGUGUGGGAAUUAGAUCAAGAUAUGAGCACUGCAAAUGAUACUAUUAUACCAGGUGGUUCAAAAUUAGAAGCAGAUAUUACUAAUCUUAGUCCUGGUAAGGCGUAUCAUUUACGAGUACUUGCAUUUAGCAACGGUGGAGACGGACGUAUGUCAAGUCCAACUCAUACGUUUCAAAUGGGUGAUGUAUCUAGUUUUAGAAGUAGUGCGAGUAAUAAGAUUUUAGAUGCUGCUCUAGGAAUAUCAUUGUUAUUACUAUUACGAAUUUACAACUGUGUGUUAAAUAUGUUGCGAAUUGCAAGCCGAAAGUUAUAUUCAAUUCAAGUGUUGACAAAAAAUUCAACAUUUAAUGUUAACCAGACGAGAAAUUUGAAUUUACUUGAAUAUCAAAGUAAGGAACUUCUCAGAGAUUGCGGAGUUUCUGUGCAAAAUUUCGCAAUUGUGGAUGAUUUAAAUAAAACAGAUUCUGCUUUAGAAAAACUGCAUGCAGAUGAAUAUGUUAUAAAAGCUCAAGUAUUAGCUGGUGGUCGUGGUAAGGGUUGGUUUGAUAAUGGUUUCAAAGGAGGUGUGCAUCUUACAAAGGACCGUAAAGCUGUUGUAGAUGUUGUGAAAAAUAUGUUAGGUCACCGCCUUAUCACUAAACAGACUUCAGAAGAUGGCAUAUUAGUACAAAAAAUUAUGAUAGCAGAAUCUGUAAAUAUAAAGCAAGAAACAUACAUUUGUAUUCUUAUGGAUAGACAGCACAAUGGUCCUGUGUUAAUUGCUUCACCAGCAGGUGGUAUGGAUAUUGAAACAGUUGCUGAAAAAACUCCUGAAUUAUUAAAAACAGUACCUCUAGAUAUAUAUUAUGGUAUUGAUGAUGAUAUUGCUAAAGAUGUUAGCAUAUUUCUUGGUUUUCUGGAUCCAACUGUACAAGAGAAAGCAAUAUUUGAAUUAAAAAAUUUGUGGAAACUGUUUGUAGAUAUUGAUGCUUUGCAAGUUGAAAUUAAUCCAUUGGCUGUAACUACAGAUAAUCAAGUUAUAGCAGUAGAUGCAAAAAUAUCAUUUGAUGAUAAUGCUCAAUUCAGACAGCAGGAUUUGUUUGCUUUAGAGGAUCAUGAUACUAAAGAUCCUAGAGAAGCAGCUGCAUCACGAUUUAAUUUAAAUUAUAUUGGCAUGGAUGGUAACAUAGGAUGCUUGGUUAAUGGUGCUGGUUUAGCAAUGGCUACUAUGGAUAUAAUUAAACUAAAUGGUGGCUCUCCAGCAAACUUCUUAGAUGUAGGUGGAGGUGUUAAAGAAGAUCAAGUUUAUCAAGCAUUUAAAAUUCUAAGUGAUGAUCCGAAAGUAAAAGUAAUUCUUGUAAAUGUGUUUGGAGGAAUUGUAAAUUGUGCCACUAUAGCCAAAGGUAUUAUUACAGCAUAUCAUAAUUUACGACUUGAAAUUCCGCUUGUUGUUAGACUGGAAGGUACUAAUGUGACAGAAGCAAAGAAAAUUCUUGCAGAAAGUAAUUUGUCAAUUCUUACUGCAAAUGAUUUAGACGAAGCUGCUAAAAAAGCAGUUUGUUCAGUAAAAGCAUAAAUUUAACAGCUGUGCUCUGUAUUAAGUGCUUUAAAAGUAAAAAUUCGUAAAUGUGAGGAAACAUUUAUAAAAUUGUUAUAAUAUAAAAAGUUGAUAUUUUUUUGUUUCAUUUUGUUUGAGCAUACAUGUUAGGUUUCAUUGUGGAAAGUAAAAGAAAAAAUAAUUUUAUGUUUCGAAUUUAUUAUUAAUAAUUUAAUUAAAGGUAUUUAUUUAUUUAAAUUAAUAAUUUUCGGUUUAUUAUGUUAUCAUAAAGUUUUGUUUUAUUUUAUUUUCAUUUGAUAAAUGUUUCCGAGUGCACAUUGUUUGGUCAAAAAUUGUAUACAUUUUAAAUGAAUCACUUCGAUAUUUUCGUAUUUUGUAUAUUCAAAAGAUUGGAAUAGUAAGCAAGUUAAAUUGUUUUGUAAGUAUAUAAACAGAAUGACUGAAUGUAUUUUUAAAGGAUCGUUAAACAUUUUAUACAGUAUAAAAAAAAGUAGGUUUCCCGAAGGAAAAUGUCAAUGAAGAAGAUGCAAGAACGUUCAGAAUCCUAAUUUUGACGAUAUUAAAAAUGAUUUAGAAACAGGAUAAUAUAAUUUUUAAUUGUUAAGCCGCGAAGCCUGAGAAAGCCUAUGGGGGAAGGCGGAACCCGGGAAUCCCCGGUAAAGCCUAUGUUAGAGGGGCAGGCACCAUUUUUCCUGGGGAAGCCUAUUAUCUCCCAUUUUGUAUAUUUAUCUUUGUAAUUUGUACUUUGCCCAAUAAAAAGUUGUUCUUGUAAAUCAA